AUGGACAUUAUGCGCGACCAGCCUUUAUUUCAGGGGACGCCUAGUCCAGCUUCUUUCCUUGCGUCUCCAUCAUACCUACAAUGGUUAAACUCUGGAAAGGAUGGCCGCCCUCUACUUCAAGUGAUUCUUGUACGUGUACUCGAAACUCAACUGAUGUCUGCGCAUGCAGAUCAAUAUUCUCGAUGGCAUAACACGGGGCGGCUGUAUCCUUGGUUAAUGCUUCCCGGAAUACUAGCAUGGGAGUCGAUGGCCAGCCUUUAUCGAACAACAAAAGGGUUCAUGGAAUCAUUUAGAACGAAAUUUAAGGAAAGUGUCACGUUUAAGCGGGGACAAACCAAGAUACCACAGCAUAAUAAACCUAGUGACCUACCAUCGCCAGUUGGUUUUGUCAUGGAUGGAAAUCGCAGAUUCGCCAGAACACUCGGAAAGCCGGUUCUCUAUGGUCAUCAGCAUGGGGCGCAAACGGCUGGUCAUGUUUUGGAGUGGUGGUUAAGGUAUAUGCCAAAUACCACCGUAUGCAAUGGCCCUGGACUGCGGUAUCUCACAGUUUGGGCAUUUUCAGCAGAAAAUCUGAAGCGUUCGCCGGGAGAGGUGGAAGGCUUAUUCCAUCUUAUGAAAGCCGAGCUUAGAAGCCUCGCGUUCAAUUCGAUCGUUCAUCUAUUCCAAAUUCGUGUCAGAGUGGUCGGGAACUUGACAGGUUACCCAAGUGACCUCUUGGACUCUGUAAAAAUGCUGGAAGAAUCGACCUCAAAAUAUAAGCAACUGUUUCUGCAGAUUGCGAUUGGAUAUGGAGGGCGCGAUGAAAUUGUUCAAUCAGUGAAACUUUUGCAGGCUCAAGGAGAGGCGGUGACCGAGGCCGCUAUUAGUGCUCGCACAUACUGUGCCCAAAUCGAUAUUCCCCCCGGUGAACUUAAUAGUGAGGACGUCAGAGCAAAGAACAAGCGGGUUCUUCCUUUGGGACUCACAGGGAGCUGA